AUGGGUUAUGACAAUCGUUUUAAAUCAUUGAAUCGUUUACAGAGUGCCCCAUCUUCUUUGGCUGGUCAACAUCAACCAAAUGCUGUUGAAAAACAAUUAGCUAAAGAGAUGGCUGGCGAUUUACAAUCUCGAGAAUGGGUUGACGAUUCUGUAUCGAAUUUAACUUAUCAUACACUUAGACAUAUGCAUGUUAGAGGUGGCAAAGGUGAAAUAUGA